CGGGCACCUUCUCCCUCGCUGGAACUCCGCGGGGCUCGCAUUGCUAAUCCCGCCAUUUUCUGAACCACCCUGCGUCGAGUGCUCGCAGGCAUUCCUAGAAUCGUCGUUCGCGCCAGCAAUUAGGUUCGUCCGCGUCUCGUGCUAGGACGAUUCAGCAGUCUCGUGCUAGGACCCACUCAUCGCUGAAACGCUUCUGGUUGAAUCGCAAGAGACUGGUGGUGGUGAACCGCACGUGAACCCUUUCCCAACAGACUGCUGUUUGAGUCGACACAUAAGGCUUCGAGCUGAAUCGCAACAGAUUAGUGCGGUGAAUCGGACGUGACCCAUUCCCGACCGAUUGGUGGUGGUGGUGGUGGUGAAUCGGACAAGAAUCGCAUUCCCAACCUAUUGGUUAUUGGUGGGGUGGAUCGGGCGUGAAUCCCGUUCCCAACAGAGUGCUGGUGGAGAGACGGGGAUCGGGAGCAUGGGGGGUCCAGACGGCGGCGGGGAUCAGAGGCAUCGACGGGGCAGAACGUGCCGCAGUGGUUCUACCAGGACUGGGCUGGCGAGCAUGGGCCUCGAACGCUCCUCCAACUGACGCAGGCGCUUCAAAAGGGUUAUUUCACCCCCGACCUCCUGGUUCGCAAGGAGGGCACGCACCGAUGGCACACGCUGCGAGACGUGCUGGACCUGCGACAACUGCUGCGCGCCAGAAACACGUGCAGCCCGCCCCCGACGCAGCAGCAGGAGGGACCCCCUCGCGAACAGCGGUCUCUCUCGAAGCAGCCACUGCCGCGUCAGCAGCCGCUCUGGCGGGGAUCUCGCCGCGGAGAGACGGGUCCCCUGCAACCGCCACGUCAGCUGCCAUACCAGUCGUCAGCCUGAUUUCCGGAAGUCCCGGGGCUCAGGACGAUCCAAUCACAAACCUAUUCAGGACACCCGGGCAGGAGUGGUUCUACGUGGACAUGCACGGGGAGGUGCAGGGCCCCUUCAGCUCGCAGAAGAUGCAGCGCUGGUGGACCAACCCCCUCUACAAGGACCACUUCUCCUCGCUCAAGUGCCGCAGAGGUCACCAUGGUGAAUUCCGCCUGCUGCCUGAAAUAGCGGAGGAAGUGGCCGCUAAAGGACCUCCUCCGGAAUCACCCAAGCAACUUGGGUACAAAGAGCUGAUUAACCUGGGGAAGCAGAACCGGGAGAGUGAGCGGUACGUGCGGUCGGGGUCCCGCAAGGAGGAGAGCGACCUGGCGAAGGAGGUGGAGGACUUGAAGCAGCAGGUGGAGAGGCUGGAGGUGGAGAACGAGGGGCUGCGCAACUCGCAGGAAGACCCUUCAUUCUGCGCAUGCAAGUGGAGCGUCUGCUACGAGAGAAGGCAGAGCUGGCCCGGGAGGUGACUAUGCUGAGCGCGGAAGGAGAGUCUGCAGGAGCUGCUGCAGUAUGCACAGCAGUUUGACAUCGCGGACGAGGGUGUGGCAGACGAGCUCAUUGCCGGGGAGGAGGAGCUUAGAGUAAGUUGGGUGGGGGAAAAAGAGGGAUGGAUCGGUUAAGGGAGAGGAGGAGAGUCUGCAGGAGGUGCCUCCAGUGCGCGCAGCAGACUUUUGAAUCGACUUCCAAAGUCAGCUUGUCGGGGGGAGCUGAUGCAGUACGCACAGCAGUCAGACAUUGCGAAUGAAGGCUGAGAGCUGUGUCCCAAACGGUGCAGAGUGGUUUGGAAGAUGCUCAGGCUUAGAGUGUGUCAGGGAAGGAGAGAGAGGGAUGGAUCAAGCAGCAGGGUGGGGAAGGAGGAUGCACGCGUUGGCGGGAGCUGCCUGGAGCAGCAGGCAAGCCAAAGGCACAGCAGGGUGGCUCUACCGUAGUGUAUGAGCUUCUGUAGGCGGGCGACGCAGCAGCAGCUGCAGCAGUGUAGCGCAUCAGCCUAUGGGAUGCUUUAGUCAGCUUUAGUCAGCUGGGAUGCAUUAGUCAGCUGGGACUGGGAUGCUGUAGUCAGCUUUAGUCAGCUGGGGAGGGAUGCAUUAGUCAGCUGGGCCUGGGAUGCUUUAGUCAGCUUUUCUCGCCAGCUUAGGCAAUCUGGUUGCAAUCAAGAGGAGCUUUCAGAUGCCUUGUGUGGUAGCCGCUGCAGUUUUCUCACCAGAUUUUACGUACGGUAGUUGUAGCUAGGCUUGAUUUUAUAUCACUGGAAUAUUGUUAUAGCUUUCCAUUCUAUGAUUUGGACUAGCUGCAGUAAAAAUGGAGCAUUGUG